CAUAGCUAGCUAUCACACAUAGCACGUUGAUUGGGCAAACACAUCACACAAGAAAGUAUUACUCCAUGGGGUUUCAAAAGGGUCCUGCUGGGGUUAGUGCGAUCAUGGUGGGUCUGAUCAUAGUGAUCAUGGCCACUGCGGCUAUGAGCUGCUCGGAGAAGGUGGCCACCGACGAGAAGACGUCGUGGCCGGAGGUGGUAGGGCUGAGCGUGGAGAAGGCCAAGGAGAUCAUCCUCAAGGACAAGCCCGACGCCGACAUCGUCGUCCUCCCCGUUGGCUCGCCGGUCACCAAGGACUACAGGUCCGAGCGCGUCCGCAUCUUCAUUGACACCGUCGCCGAGAUCCCCCACACUGGCUAGCUAAGCUACCUGUCUAAACAUAAGUAUUUAUUUUUGUCAAGGGUAUACAUGGACGAAUAAUUUCAUAUACGCCCGCCCCACAUGGAUCAAUGCAUAGAUGUCAUGGGUUUUGUGCUA